UUCUGGAAGUGGACUUCUCCUUUAAUUUUUUUGUUUUUUUUUUAACUCCCCUAUGGCGGGGAAUGUGGUUACACUAUACGGGGUAAGUUGUCACAGUGAAAACUGACUCUGAAUUCAAGCAUUAAAACAAUUAUGAAAUAAUUCACAAAACAGUAAAAAUGUCAAAUCUGACAUACAAAUAUCUCUACCAAAGUGUAAUUAAAUCAUUUCUUAAAAUUAAAACUUAAAACGCGAUUAUGAAUUUCCAAAAAAUACUUGUCUUAAGGUGUGCAACAUUACCUAUUACUCAAAAUGAUUCUAUUUUAAGACGCGUUUAUGACUGAAAACUUCACAGAUACUGACAUACGGAACGUGUGACAACUUACCCCGCUGUCCCAUAUAAGGAUUUUAUUUUAGCUAGAUUAAAUAAAAUGCAUACCUGUGUGAAAACAGCAUGUCUUUUUUUUCUGUGGACUGAUUCUCCCUGUGGGAAACACACGAAGGACUGCGAGCGUCGAGCGCGUGCAGAAGUGAAGCGCACUUGCUGAUUUCGUGGCUGUGUGUAGUGUGAACGCGGCUCGUGUCGCGGGGAGGAGCUGCGCGCUCCUGAUCGCGCUCAGUGCAGCUCUGCAUGUCCUGCAGCCGCAGCUCGAGAACAGGCGCGGGAUCGGAGCGUCCGUCCUCUGCGGGGAAACUUGAGAGGAACUUCCGUCGAGAGGAGUAAUGCAGCCGCGUGCGUGUCAGGAGCGCGCGCAGGAGUGAAUCACGCGCACCUGCAUCUGCUGCGUCUCAAGUUCCUCGCGCGGUUCCUCCGGAAUCUUCCUCACAUCCUCCUGCAGGAGCAACGCUUCAUCAUGGACCUUCACCGCGCUGCUCUUCUGCUGAUCUCGUUUCUGUCGGCGCUCUGCGUUUCUGCGGAGCAGGAGGUGGAGAAUCUGUCCGGACUGUCGCCGAAUCCUGACCGGGACAUUUUCGUAGUGAGAGAAAAUGGAACGACGUGCUUGAUGGCGGAGUUCGCGGUCAAAUUCCUGAUUCCGUACGACGUUCUGGCACUGAACGGGAUCGAUCUGAUCACGGAGCAGGCGUCCGUGUCCAUCCCGCGUGGAGCUCAGAUCGCUGGGAAAUGCGGGAGCAGCGAGUCGGAGCUGCACAUCUCGUGGAUCAAUCACGCUUUCACAUUCCGCAUCUUCUUCUCAAAGGAGAAACGCACGAUGGGCAGUGAUGGAAAAGCUAAAGAAACUGAAGUGUGGAAGAUAAACAAGGUUCAGCUGGUCUACGACACUUCAGAGACGACACACUUCAUUAACGCUUACAAUCCGGGGAAACACACGGCGAGCACACACCGUCUGUCCGCACUGGUGACUCCCGCCGGACGCUCGUACGUUUGCGCGGCUCAGCAGACGCUCACGCUGAUCUCCAGCGACCAUCAGAAGGGAAUCACCGUCUCCAUCUACGACAUUCAGAUUCAACCCUUCGACAUCAAGAGCGACUUCGUCUUCAGUGAACCGUAUAAAUGCAUCACGGACCAGCGGGAGCAGCUGGAGCAGACGCUGCCGCUGGUGUUGGGUCUCAUCCUGGGUCUCAUCAUCGUCAUCACCCUCUCCGUUUAUCACUUCCACCUCAAACUGACCGCCGCGCAGCAGCCGCAGCUGCCCCGGGACCGCUCGCUCUACAAGAACAUGUGAAGACUCUCUCUGCGCACGCAGACGCUCCCGUCGGUCUGUCCCUCACCGUACGUCACGUCUGUGAAGCUCCCGUCCAAACGUCUCAAUGCACAUCAUUACAAAUCCUCUUUAUUUCUGGUUUCUGUGUGUCAAAUCUAUGGAAGCCUGUUUCCACCAUGGAAAAUAAGAAUUAAAAAGGCAAUUGCAACUUUUUCAGAAUUGCAAGAUGAAAAAACUCUUGCGACGUGAGACAUAAACUCGAAAUUGUGUGAAAAAAAAAAAAAAAAAAAAAAAGCCAGAUUUUUUAAAUUAUUAUUAUUACUCCGUGGUGGGAAAAAACAGAAUUGUGAGAUGUAAACUUAGAAUUCAGAAAAAAAGUCUAGAGUUAAAAGAUUUGAACUUGGAAUUCUGAGGGGGAAAAGACGGAAUUGCAAAAUGUAAAUGUGAAUUGCAUUUUUGUUCUGAGAAAAAAAAAAGUCAAAAUUGUAAAAAGGUAAGUAAAAACAUAAUUGCAAAAUGUAAAUUUAGAAUUCAAACAAAAGAAGUCAGAACUGCUAGAUGUAAACUUCAAAAUCUGAGGAAAAUUCAACUGCAACAUGUAAACCUAAAAUUCAGAGAAAAGAGUCAGAAUUCCAAGAUGUAAACCUAGAAUUCUAAAAAGAAAAAGAAUUGCGAAGUGUAAACUUAGAAUUCAAAAAUCAAGACAGAAUUGUGAGAUGUAAACUUAAAAUUCUGAGAAAAAAAUUCUGAAUUGCAAAAUGUAAGAGAAAAAAAAAAUCAAUUGUGAGAUGUAAACUUGGAAAAAAAGUCAGAAUUAAAAGAUGAAAACAACUCCGAGGGGGAAAAAAAAUCUGAAUUGUGGGAUAUAAACGUGGAAUUUAGAGAAAAGGGUCAGAAUUCCAUUAUGUAAAUCUAAAAAAAUCAAAAGUUGCAAAAUGUAAACUAGAAAUUCUGAGAAAAAAAAAAUCAAAAUUGCAAAAUGUAACCCUAGAACUCAGAGGGAAAUAGUCAGAAAAAAGGAGUUGAGUUAAUGUAUUGCACUUCUCUUUUUUUUUUUCUCAGAAUUGUGAAUUUCUGUUGUGCAAUUCACGUCUCAGAACUGAGAAACAAAUUCUGAAUUGUGAGUUUUUUUUAUUUUGUGGUGGAAACGGGUUUUCAUGCGAAUGUCUCGUCUAGAUGUUAAAUGUCAAACGCGUCUUCCUGUCGCUGCUGGGCUCAUCUUGUUUACCACAUGAUUGUCCAUCGCUGUAAAAAUAGAAAUGUUUAAAUUGCUUGAAGGAUAUAAAUUAAAUACAGAUAUUUAAUGAUGAUUAUUUCAAGAUUUAUGAUUUACUAAAUGACACAAAAUGUACUGUCCAUGUGUGUGUGUGAAGCGGCACAGAAUGACUUGUGUUUUACUCCAUUGAAGCGCUCACGGAUGUGAGGAAUGUUCUAGAAGAUCUUUGAUGUUUGAGGUUUUUCUUUUCCAGCUGAAAAAGGGAAAGCCGAAGGUUUAGAUCCAUCGGAAUGAAAUACGACACGGAGAUGAAUGGAAAAUCGAUAAUAGGCGGCCGGACAGCAGUAACAUCACUGGCAUUAAAGAUUUCCACAAAUGAGCUGCGAUCCUCACAGAUCGAUGUCUGGAGUCUCAGACGCUGAGGAGUUUAUUGAUCCCACGUCGCCGGCGCUCAAUUAAAAACACGGCUUCUGUUGGCCGGUGAUUUAUGCCGCCAUCAUAAAGCGUCAGCCGAGGCUCGAGGCUCAUUCGUCGCCUCUGUUCUUUCAGGAUUUCUUUAAAGUUCUGUUCGGUCUCGUGUUGUUUUGGCAGAUGAUGUGUGGCGUUCGUUCGUUUCUGCACACGAUUCAGCUCAAAUCUCACGUUCGAAGCAUGUUCGCAUUCAAAUGUGUUGUCAAUAAACGUUCAGUUUCUGUUCUGCGUUGCUGUUUUCUUACAAAGUUAGGAAUAUUUUCAAUACUACAGUACCUGAAAAUGUUCUUAAAAUUUUGUUCUAGACAACUGAAGAAUUGAAAAAAACAGGUUUCAUGCAUUUUUUGGGUCGUUUCAAAUAAACAGAGUAAUAUAAAAAAAUAUAUAUAUUAAAAUCUCAUUACUCUGAGGAGUGAAAGUUUUGAGAACAAAAGACACGUGAACAGUAUCAUAGACAUUGUUACAUUAUUAUCAUUUUUAUUAGUAUUUUGAAUCAGUUUUUUUUUCUGUUAACAUUUCUGUUAACAUUUUAGUCAUUUUGUUGUGUGUUUUUGUCAUUUUUAUUAGUUUUCUUUUAAAUUUGUCCUUAUAGUUUUCAUUAUUUUAUUUUAUUAUUUUUUUUGGUUUGAAUUAUUUUAGUACAUUAAAUGAAACAAAAUGAUAAUAAAAUGAAAUUUAUUAGGCUUUAUUUCAGUUAAAUAUAACAACCCUGGCCACAUAUAAAUAAAUAAAUAUAUAUAUAUAUAUAUAUAAUCUCUACAGUUGCAAUUGAAGUGAUUCAACCCCUCAGAGUCUGCAGUACUUUACAAAAACAAGCUUUUCUGAAGAUCCAGGACUUUUCCAAAAUUGUAUCUAUAAUCUAUAACAGAUUACUAAAAGUAAUAACGUCAAUAUAUAAUGUAAUAUUUUUGAGUUCUAGAAUUUUUUUUAAUAACACAGCUAUGUGAUAAUUAUUCAACACUGAAAAACGUCAAUGCCGUGUAUAAGAUGAACACUAGUGUGACCUUCAUGUUGAGGCGUCGUGCCGAAUCCCACUCUUCACCAAAAGAACAAAAUGUGAACGUGAACGUGCUAAAAUUCAUUUGGAUAGACGCGUGGAGUUCUGGAAGAAUGUUUUAGUCUCCAGAUUUAAUUCUCAUUCAAAAUAUUUGGCUGAAUUUGAAGAACACAGUGGCAAAGUGAAAACCA